CAAAGGAUAAUAUAUAAGAUGCUAAAUUGUGUGAAGAUGAAAUGAAACAACACAUCUAAUUAUGGAGAUCCAUAAAUCAUUCUGUGCCUAAAUAAAAAAACCCUUUUGCAGGUUCAGACCUCUAGAAUGAUAGAAUCUAUCCCAUCACAACUUGCCCAAAAUGGGGUUCGCAAAAGACCAGAGGGAGUUGUCCUGUCUCAUCUCCCUUCCACCUUUAAUUAGUGUAUCACACAUGUAAAAUCCUUGAGAAGCUCUAACAAAUGCUAGGUUUUUUGUUUUUUUGGUGGGUCAAAUAGGCAGGUAAAAGUUUCCAAGUUCAAACCCAAUUGCAAAGAAAGCUAACUACGGAAAAUAGCUAACAUAUCUUUCCAGAAUGUCUGGUUGGUGGCAUUAGCAUCGGGGGAGAACCUAUCUUAUAUUUCUGAUAGGCCUAGAAUUUUUUUUGGAAAGACUUGGGAUGAUCUAGACCUAGAACUCAUAGAUACAGUAUGUAUGUAUGUAUGUGUGUGGGUUGGGUUGGUUUUUGGGGGAUGGUAAAGUUAAAAUGAAAGUAUUAUAGCUAUGGGAUAAGAGACACAGAGUGAGAGAGGAAUGACGCAACAGUAAAAAUAAUAAGAUUCUAAUAUUUGUUUACCGACCUCCCCAAUGAACAGUCUUGGCUGUUUCUCUCCACUCCCUCUCACCUUCCUUUUAAACUCUGUCCUCCUUGCUAACUCUUCCUCAAUAACCAACUCUCUCUCUCUCUCUCUCUCUCUCUCUCUCUCUCUCUCUCUCUCUCUCUCUCUCUCUCUCUCUACUACAAGUACCAACCCAACAACCAACAAAUAGUGCGCUUCCCCGUUCCAAAACUAAGAAGGCUGCAUUAUAUGCUAAGCAUGCCAAUGCCGCCUCCUCAACAUCUCCCACCAACAAAUGAAGCAAAGAAUGAAAAUGAAGAAAACCCUUUGGUUUUUGAUGCUUCAGUUGCUCAGUACCAAUCCAGCAUACCCUCCAAAUUCAUAUGGCCCGACCACGAGAAGCCAUGCCCUGAGCCGCCAGAGCUUCCAGUUCCUCACAUUGACAUGAAAGGCUUUCUCACAGGGGACACUAGGGAGGUCUCAAACGCGACUUGUUUAGUCGAUGAGGCAUGCAGGAAGCAUGGAUUUUUCCUCGUUGUUAAUCAUGGAGUUGAUUCGCAGCUCAUAGCAAAAGCUCAUGAAUACAUGGACUUGUUCUUUGGCAUGCAACUCUCACAGAAGCAAAGGGCUCAGAGAAAGACUGGUGACCACUGCGGAUAUGCCAGUAGCUUCAUUGGCAGGUUCUCCUCCAAACUUCCAUGGAAAGAAACACUUUCUUUCAGAUAUAGUGCUGACAGCCACUGCUCAGUCAAUGACUAUUUUGUGAAUGUAAUGGGUGAAGAUUUCAAAGAAAUCGGGAAGGUGUACCAAGAAUACUGUGAAGCCGUGAGCAAUCUCUCCAGUGGGAUAAUGGAGCUGCUGGGAAUGAGCUUAGGAGUUGGCCAAGAGUAUUUCAGAGAAUUCUUCGAAGGAAACGAUUCAAUAAUGAGGUUGAACUACUAUCCCAGAUGCCAAAAACCAGAUUUAACACUAGGAACUGGGCCUCACUGUGAUCCCACUUCCUUAACAAUUCUUCAUCAAGAUCAAGUAGGCGGCCUUCAAGUGUUUGUAGAUGAAAAGUGGCGCUCUGUUACUCCUAAGCCUGAUGCUUUUGUUGUCAACAUUGGUGAUACAUUUAUGGCUCUAUCCAAUGGGAUUUACAAGAGCUGCUUGCAUAGAGCAGUGGUUAACAACAGAACUGUGAGGAAAUCUCUUACUUUCUUCCUUUGUCCCAAAAAGGACAGGGUGGUGACCCCACCAAGAGGUUUGGUUGAUUCCAAGAGCCCAAGGAUGUACCCGGACUUUACCUGGCCGACUUUGCUAGAGUUUACACAGAAACACUACCGGGCUGACAUGAAGACGCUGGAUGCCUUCUCAGACUGGAUUAUAAAUAAAAACAACUAACCAUGAAAGAAGCACCAGGAAAAGUAGGUGUACGUAAUGCUUUGGUGGGUGUUCAUGGGAAAAGAUGACAGAAACACCAAGAAGGGAGGAGAGGGAACUAGGCUGUUAACUAGUGUGUCAUCGUCGGAGAGAAUCAUGUCAGUUUGGAGGCAUAAAUAAGUUAAGGGGCUCCAUAUCUUCUUAAUUUUACUUUUCUGUCAAUUCAACAAUGAAUCAUUGUAAUUAUAAUAUAUACUUUGUUGACCACCAAGCUGUGUUGUUAUUGGACUUCCAUAAACUAUUCUAAUUAAUAUCUGCAUGUACAGCCGUCAACUUCCAAAGAAA